AUGGAAUCUUACGCUAUCCACGAACUGGUCUGGAUAUUACCAUUGUCGGUGCAGGCCAGGGGGGAGAUGAUGGCUGCUAUCGAGUGCUGGAGAAAGGGGCAUGAAGUCAAGAUUAUCGAGAAAGGAUCCGACCUUUCAGAAGCCGGUGAUAUUGUGGCCAUCGGGCCCUCGGCCUGGUCUAACUUGCAAAAGUACCCAAGUAUGCUCGAAGAGUGGCACAGAAUCUCAAUUGACCCUCAUACAGCGUUUUUCUACCUCAAUGGUGAGCUAGCUGUGAGGCCGUUUGAGUUCGAGUACAACAGACCAGGUGUUGCUCAGCAUGUAGCGUAUCCGUUGAGGGUUCGAUCCGUUUUUGCCCGGUCUCACCUUGCCCGGAUGUUGUACAAUCAGUGCGAAAGGCUCAGUAUCCCUAUCACCUGGGAUGUCGAUAUUGUUGCUUACCAGGAGGAUGUUGCGUCUGGAGUUGGAAUAACUGUUUCUGAAGAUGGCCGCCGCUUCCAAGCCGACAUCGUGGUAGCUGCAGAUGGUUACACAUGUUAUCGAAUGACUAUCCCUGCGGAGAACUACGAACAGAUCCCUUCUCUCCAAAAGGCCUUGGAGGGGCAGAAGCGACCAGAGUUGCGGAUCUAUAACGGGCACAACCUCCACGUCAUUUUUGUUGUCUCAAAGACAGUAACUUCAGUGGUUCUGACACGAGAAGAGGCAUGUACUCCAACUCGACGGUCACAGGGCCUGCAAAACGCUGACAAAAUUUCUAUCCAGGAAGACGCAGGCUCCGCUGUAGAGUCCUGGGCAUCAACUGUACCACACGGGCGUGUCUUGGCUGGUAUCCCUGAUGCGGAAACCUGGGACACUCUACUCACUAAUACCAUCCGGGCGCCCCCCAAAACUCCAUUGUACGCUGGAAGUUGUCUAUGCGCAAUCCCUAACGUAAAUGGACAUCGGCAGGUGGGCACAUCAUCCAAAUUGGCGAUAGUGCACACAGCUUUAUCCCAACGUCAGCAAAUGGAGCCUGUAUGGCUCUGGAGGAUGGUCCCUUCAUUGGCUGAGUGCCUCCGCCGAGGAGGCGAUGGGAAAGGUGCUGCAAUUGGAGCUAAAGUACACGAGCUACUGAGAUACCAACGAGUUACACUCAUCCAGCGUACAGGAUUCGCUAACCGCCGUGAACUUCACAGCCCUACUGAUGAGCUUCCGAAGGAUCCUCAGGAUCUGAUGCGUCAAGGUAAAUGGUUAUGGACCCACAAUUCCGAAGCCUAUGCAGCAGAAAACUUCGACAAGGCGCGCGCGCACUUGGAGUCUGGCGCCCCCUUCCAGAACACGAACCUGCCGGUGGGGCACCAAUUUGAAGACUGGACUUUGGAGGACGAAGUUGAGAAGGAAAAGCGUGGUAUCGUGGUUCCAGACUUGAAGUUGAACGGAGAUUGGAGUGUGGUGUAA